UACUCAACCGCAUUUCAGUUGUUUGAGAAACUUUGCACGGAACUAAGCUCGAGCGCGGCGGCCAAACAAAAGAAUUAAACAAUAUUAAAAUCAACAUGUCGCAGAAUCAUCCCUGGCGACUUAGCAGUUGGACUCUUCUGUUGGGUCUGCUGAUCCUGUUGCUGGCCAGUCCGGAUGCGCAGGCCAAGCGCUGGUUUGGCGGCGGCAGCAAGAGUCGUUCAUCCAGCUCGAGCAGCUACUCGGCGCGACGACCGUCCUCUUCAUCGUCCUCCUCGCACUCCGGCUCGUAUAGUCAUGCGGAUAAUACGCGACUCAGCUACGGCGGUGGCACCCACGCACAGCCCAGCCACACGCAGCAUUCGGUUUCACGGCCAGCUACGGCCUCGCCCAUAGGCUGGAAUGUGCCGCCUAAGGCACAGGGUCCGCCACCUGCCUAUUCUGCUCAGAAUCCAGCUGGUGGUGCGCGCACCAAUGUACACGAACCACCGCCAGCCUACAACCCGUCGUACAAGGCCAGUGCACCACCGCCAAGCUACUCGGCGGCCAACAGCAACGCACGACCAGCAGCCGGCGGCAGCUCAGCCAGCAGCAAUCCACACUACACGCCCGCCAGCGUCUACAGGCCACGCAUGAACGCCACUGGCGGUGGCGGUGGCUAUCAUACGCCCAUUACGGCCACCAAUACGCACGGCGUACAGUCUAGCUAUCCGGGCGCCACGUAUCACAGUCCUGGAAACUUGCCCGCUGGUGCCACCUACCAUCCGUCGGGUCAGCUGCCCGCUGGAGCUACCUAUCACAGCCCGGGCGCCUUGCCCGCUGGCGCUACCUAUCAUAGUCCAGGUUCUUAUCCCGCUGGUGCAACCUACCAUAGCCCUGGGGCCCUGCCCGCUGGUGCCACCUAUCAUAGCCCAGGUGCUCUGCCAGCUGGCGCUAGCUAUCAUCCUGGCGGCUAUGCGCCUCCUGGCGCUAGCUAUCAUCCGGCCGGUCAGAUACCAGCGGGCGCCAGCUAUUAUCCCAGCGGAGGCGUGCCCCACGGCGCCACAUACUAUCCCCAGGCGCCAGUUGCUGCGAUGCCGGCAAGUGCCACCUUUUUGCCAGCUGGAGCCGGCCUGCCGCCAGGUGCUACCUACUAUCCACAGCCGCCCAAGUCCUCAUCCGGUCUGGGUUUGGGAACUGGUCUUGUUGCUGGCGCUCUUGGAGGUGCCAUUUUGGGCCACGUUCUCACGCCCACACAGACGCGCGUCGUUGAGCAGGCACCGAUGUCUGGCGGCUAUGCAGGCGGCGGUGGCGGCCACGGCAAUGGCGGUGACGAUAAGAUCAUUAUCAUCAACAAUGGACCACCUGGCUCGGUGACCACAACUGAUGCUGGCUCGGGCACCACAGUUAUCAACACGGGUGCCGGACAGCCCGCCGUGGCACCUGCUGCAGCACCUUUGCCCGCGCAGCCAGUGCCAGGCGUAGCAGCUCCUGCGGAGGUUCCAGGCCAAACACCACUCGCUCCACUUACACCGCCAGCUGCUGAUGCCGGCGCCGUCGUGCCGCCAGCUGUUGGCGCCGCGGUUACCAAUGCUGCAGCACCAGGUGCGGCUGGUGUGCCUCCUCCUGCGCCAGCUGCAGCUGAUCCGAACGCUGCACCACCCGCACCCGGUGGCAUCAUCUGUGUGCCUGUGCGUGUGCCCGAACCAGAUCCGAAAGAUGCCACUAAGACGAUCGAAGUGGAGAAGAUUGCUUGCUAUCCGGCACCACCGCCAGAGGCAGCAGCACCACCAGCACCAGCAAAUGGCACAGCACCUGCUGCAGUACCCAGCGCAGCUCCCGCUGCUGUGGCCGCCGCCGUGCCCACUUCAACCCCUGCUUCGGACGUGGCGCCUCUUGCGCCCUUCCAGACGACUACGCCCUUGACAGUGCCGGAGGGAUCUGUGCCACUGGCGCCCUUGUUGCCGGGCGGUCACCCAGAUGUGAUGCGCAUGCCCGGCUUGACGUCAGCGCGUCUGUCUGCGGAAUCGGGUCUGCAUGAUGAGCACAAUGGAAAGAAGCGGAUGUCCGAGUUGAGUACGCUCUCCGCCCUGCUGACAGUGCUCGUGGCCUACUGCCUGCACUAAGCAGCCAGCGGCACAGCGGGUAAUUAAAGCCAAAUGGUAGCCACUCAGCAGAGCAGAUUCUGCGCUUGAACGAGUUUCAUACAAAGUCGCUGAAUCGCCACUUUCUAUAUUUUGUAAACUAAGCGAAUUUCUGGAUAUUCAUUUAUGCAUGUGUGUACUCAUAGCUUUUGUGUUAGAUUUACAUAAACUAAAAUAAACCGUAAUUAAUAUUUAAAU